AUGUCAGAAGAAACAUCAACUCAAAUCUUAAAACAAGUUGAAUAUUAUUUUAGUGAUUCAAAUUUCCCAAGAGAUAAAUUUUUAAGAUCUGAAGCUGCUAAAAAUGUUGACAAUUAUAUUUCAAUUGAUGUUAUUGCAUCAUUCAAUAGAAUGAAAACAAUUUCAACAGAUUUACAAUUAAUUACAGAAGCAUUAAAGAAAUCAACAAGAUUACAAGUUAGUGAAGAUGGUAAAAUGGUUAGAAGAUUAGAUCCAUUACCAGAGAAUAUUGAUUGUGGUAAAACAUUAUAUAGCAAAGGUUGGCCAGAGGAUACAACCAUUGAAAAAGUUCAAGAGUUUUUCAAUGCAAAUGGUGGUUAUAAGGUAGUUUCAGUUAGAUUAAGAAAGAAGUCCGAUAAAUCAUUCAAAGGAUCAUUUUUAGCCGAUUUCGAAACUGAAGAGAUUGUAAAUAAAAUUAUUACUGAAGCACCAAAACUCGGUGAAAAGGAAUUGAUUUAUCAAACUUUUAAACAAUUCUCAGAUGAAAAGAAAGACGAAAAAGAGAAGUUCUUUGCAUCAACAAAUGGCGAUAAAAAGAGAAAAGCUAAGAAAGAAGCAGACAGAGAAAAUGGUGAUGAUGAUGACAACGAUGGUGAUAAUAAAGAUGUAAAAAAAGAAGUAGAAGAAGAGGAAGUAAUGAUUCCAGGUGUUAUCUUAUGUUUCAAAGGUGUUGGUAAAGGUUUACACAGAGGUGAUAUCAAAGAGAUCUUCUCACAAUAUGGUGAGGUUCAAUUCGUUGGUUAUAACAGUGACGAAGAGAAUGGUUCAGUUCGUUAUAAAACCGCUGAAUCUUGCAAACGUGCCAUAGAAUCACUCACUGAAACUAAAAAAGAAAUCGGUGGCCAAAUCCCAACUUACAAUCUCCUCGAAGGUGAAGAGGAGAAGAAAGAGUGGGAAAAAAUCAUUGAAAGAAAAAAGAAUGCCGCCAAAAAUGGUGGUUUCAAAAAAGGUGGUUUCAAGAAAGGUGGUUUCAAGAAAGGUGGUUUCAAAAAAGGUGGUAAUUUUAAAAAAGUUAAAAAGGAAUAA